AUGUCCAAUAGCGAACAACAGCAAGCAGGAAGUGCCGAAGCAUCGACUAUUUGUGUCAUAACAGAAACAAGGAACCUCAAAAUACGACCUUUUGCACCAGGAGAUGAUCAGAUUACUACGGGUAAAGCGUGGGACGAUUGGUUAGAAGAAAUCGAACAAGAGCUUCGUUAUUUCAAAAUAAGCAACCCGAUUGACAAGAAAGACGCCCCAAUUAUUUAUGGCGGUAAAGAAAUAGCUAGGCUUGAGAAAAGCUUACCUAAUCCGGCAGGGGAACUCGAUGAAUUCGACAAACUGAGGACAAAACUAAACGACUAUUUCACACCCAAGAAAAACAAACAUCACGCCAGAUAUUUAUUCCUUAAACUCCGACCAAAUCAGGGCGAAACAAUAGCGGCAUAUGCAAGUCAACUGAGAGAGAAGGCUAAUGAUUGUGAAUUUGAAGGGAACUCUGACGAACGAAUCUUAGAACACCUCAUUCAAACGACUCAUAAUCGGGUAUUGAUCCAAAAGGCUAUCAACAAGAAGUGGAAUUUGUCACAAUUUCUCAUGGAAGCGGCGCAAAUGGAGGAUACAUCGCUUCAAGUACGCGAUAUGAAAUUACCCGGACAUGAAGAGGUGAAGUUCGUGAACAACGAGAAACGACAUAAGAGGAGACGAACACCGUAUGUGGGAAAACCGUUGGGACGUCAAACACAGCCAUGUAAUUACUGUGGACAAACAAGGACUCACAUCAGCGGAGAGAAUUGUCCGGCGUAUGGCAAGAAAUGCAAGAAGUGUCAAAAGUACAAUCACUUUGCGAUAGUUUGCAGAUCAAGUAAAUCGGAUACGCAAAAAGGCGAUCGGAGAAAAUCGAGUCACGAGCGUGAGAUCGACCAACAAGGUUCCCAAAAGCAGAAACGAUCAAUCAAGAAAACGUCAGAAGACGCAACAGAUACUGCAACAAGUUCCGAUGACAAAUUUUUCGGUCAAGUGGUAAGACAUCUCAAGCAAGUUAAGAGAAUUCAAGGGAACAAUCAAAACAAGACUGUGACUAUACAUAUUAAUGAUGUUGGAGCCGAACCGGACAGUGGAGCUGAAGUUAAUUUGAUGGAUGAGCACCAAUUCAGAGCACUAGUGAACCGGUGUGGUAAAGACCAACCAACGCUACAACCCAGUCAGACAAAACUGAGUACGUUGCAAAGCAAGCUGGUUGUGAAAGGAGAAUUCAAGGCGACGGUUAAGAAUAGAACAUGUGGGACGGUGGCAAGAUUUGUCGUAGUCAAGGGCAGAAUAAAUUCACCUCCACUUAUCAGCAAGAAUACCUUAUUCAAACUCGGAAUGCUGCAGAUCAGGGAGGAUGGCUCGUUCGCGGAAAAGAACAACAUGAGAAUCGCAGAUCCAGCACAGGGAAUUAAAACAGUCACGAUGAGUAAAGACUACAGUCCACGAAUCAAGAAAAUCACAGAUCGGUAUAAUCAAGUGUUCAAAGGCAUUGGGAUGAUCAGAGACAAAAAGAAUGAUAAGAACUUUUAUACCAAAUUCAGUAUGAAGCCAGAAGCAGUUCCAGUUGCUCAAAAGUCGAGACCAGUUCCUUAUUAUCUACAGAAACCCUUGAAGAAAUGGCUGGAACAAUGUAUUAAACAGGAUAUAUUUAAAGAAGUGCCAGAUGGUGAACCAGUGACAUGGUGUUCGCCACUCGUAGUGCAACCAAAGCCAAGGUUCAGUGGGACAGAUAAGGAUCAACUGGAGCCACAUAUGAUUCGAGCCAGUGUCGACCUAACAGUACCCAAACAGUUCAUGGAGAGGCAUCGCAUAAUUCAAGGGCCCACCGUUGAAGAUUUCAUUUACAAGUUCCACGACUGUUCCGUGUUCUCCAAACUGGAUAUGAGACAGGGCUACCACCAGUUGUUGUUGGAUCCUGAGUCAAGAAUGAUUGCAACCUUCAGCACCCUGUGGGGCAAUAUGAGAGCAAAGAGAUUGAUCUUCGGGGCGAAAUCAUCGCAGGACCUGUUUGAUGAAGCAAUGUACCGCAUAUUUGGGGACAUCCAGGGAUGUCUUAGCCAGCGGGAUGACAUCCUGAUCGGGGGAAGAAAUACUGAGGAGCAUGACAAAAGCAUUGGAAACCGUUUUGCAGAGAGCGGCUGA